CAGCAUCAGAGCAGACACAGUGAGUCACGGCAGGAGAGGAGAGGAGGAGACGAGGAGACAGAGAAUAAGAAGAAGAGAAGAAAAGACAAGUGUGAUGUUUGUGAUGAUUUAAGAGAAACAUGAAGAUGCUGUGGAUUCACAGAAGGACCACCAUGCUGAUGAUGAUGCUCUGCUGCUCAGGUGUGGGCGGAGCCUCAGAGCUGUCCUUCCUCACAGAGCCCAGUGAUGUCAUUGCAGUGAGGGACCGCCCCCUGAUGCUUGACUGUCAGGUUGAAGGGGAGGCGCCUAUCUCCAUCACCUGGAGGCGGAAUGGUGUUCCCGUGGCGACUGGAACGAGGGCAGUGUUGCUCGGUAACGGAACUCUGCUCAUUCGAAACUUCUCCAAGAGACGAGAGACUAACGAGACGGGCGCCGGCGAGUAUGACUGCGCUGCACAGAACCGCUACGGCCUGAUCAUCAGCCGCAAGGCCCGCGUCCAGCUAGCAUCUCUGCCCAAGUUCAUGUCCCACCCACAGUCUGUUGCUGUGGAUGAAGGGGGUGUGGCCAGACUCACUUGUCAGGUAAACGGAAUCCCAGAGGCAAACAUCACAUGGCAGAGAGACCAACGCCCACUUUCCACAGACAACCCCAGGUUCACGCUGCUUCCUAACGGUGUCCUGCAGAUCAGCAGCGUUCAGAGAAUAGACGCCGGUUUGUUUCGCUGCAUCGCCUCAAACAUAGCAAACACUCGAUUUAGCAACGAGGCACAGCUGUCCGUCACUGUUGCAGGGUCCAGAUACCAGGAGCCCACCAUCCUGUCUGGACCUCAGAACCUCACAAUCACCGUCCACCAGACGGCCAUCUUGGAGUGCAUCGCGUCAGGAAACCCCCGCCCCAUCGUUUCCUGGAGUCGCCUUGAUGGACGUUCCAUCGGAGUGGAGGGGGUCCAGGUUCUGGGGACAGGAAACCUGAUGAUCUCUGACGCGUCUCUGCAACAUUCAGGAGUUUACGUUUGUUCAGCGAACAGACCGGGCAGCCGAGCGAGGAGGACGGCACUCGGACGACUCGUCGUACAAGCUCCUCCAGAGUUUGUGCAGUGGCCUCAGUCUGUCUCCAGAGCAGCAGGGGGCAGUGCAGUCUUCAGUUGUACAGCAGCUGGUGUCCCUGAACCUCACCUCAUCUGGCUGAAGAACGGGAAACUGCUGACGCCAAGCGGCAACGUCAAACUCACCAACGGCAACACGACACUCGCCGUCACCCGCAUCACGGCCGAGGAUGAGGCCAUCUACCAGUGCAUCGCAGAGAACGGCGCAGGGACCAACCAGGCCAGCGCCCGCCUCGCCAUCACUGAGGGGGCGGAGCUACCGCAGGCCCCCGCCGGCAUCAGGGCCGUGCCCCUCAGCUCCAGCAGCCUGCGGGUGACCUGGGACACGCCCACAGAGCACGGAGGCCAGAACGUCAUCGGAUAUGUCCUGCACAUACGGAGACUGGGUGAGGUGGACAGUGCUGAGGUCCAGGAGGCCGUCAGUAAAAACACGUUCACUCACGACUUCAACGACCUUGAAGCAGCGACGACCUUCACCAUCUUCCUGAAGGCGUACUCAGCCCAGGGAGGAAGUCGCCGCUCUACCGCCGUCAUUGCCACCACCAUGGGAGGAGUCCCGCCUCCUCCCACCUUCUUCACUAAGGUUCUGAACCAGACUGCAUUGCAGGUUUACUGGGAACUCCCCAGUAAACCUGGACAGCUGGAAGGAUUCAGAUUGGAAUACCGCGGAGUUUCCACUCCUGACAUUCAGGGACAGGAAGUCUUCCCAGGACACAUCAACACACACACCGUCUCCCACCUGGAGCCUGCAGCCGUGUAUGAGAUCCAGCUGGUGGCGUUUAACGGAAACGGAGACAGUCUGUCCAACCGUCGCUUGGUUUCUCUGGAAGAUGGAGGAAACACCGCAGCAGCUGGUGUCAGCUGUAACUGUGACCAGUCACGUGACUCCAUGUCCACUCUUCUGAUCGUCGUUCACAGCAGCUUCGCUUGUGUCCUCUGCUGUCUGCUCUUCAUCCUGCUGGUCCACAGACGCAGAAAGUCGGCGAGCUGGGAGACUCCGCCCACACUGAAAGGUGUCAGAGGUUCUAAAGGUCAAACACCUGAGAGCAUUGAGCUCAGCCAGAGAUGUGACUCCACCCCUCCUCCAGUGAUGGUCAUGGUUGAUCCAACUUCACCUGUCCAGUCAGGCACUGGAUAAAACAACAGAACUCCGUCCAGGUCACAUGGUCACCUUGUCACAGGACUGCGUGUGAUGUUACAUGAUGAUGUCACCAUCAUGGUGUCCUGGAUGUUUCCUGUUGAAACCAAAACCUUUUUCUUCACUUUGAGCUCAUUUGACGUUCUUCACCGUCUGUGCCAAGUUCCCUGGACAACGAGGCCUUCUACUGGUCUGACCAGAGACCAGGUCCUCUACGCUGCUUUAGCCUCUCACUGAGGUCACCUCAGGUCAGAGUGUAGAGGACAGUGACAGUCAGCUGGAUGCCCCGCCCCCUCUCCUCCAAAGUGAGCUACCUCAGGCUUCACUCACCGUCACCUCCAGCUGUUGACCCCUGACCUGCUGCUGACCCCUGACCCGCUGUUGACCUCUGACCUGCUGAUGACCUCUGACCUGCUGUUUACCCCUGACCCGCUGCUGACCUCUGACCUGCUGAUGACCCCUGACCUGAAACCAAAAGGCUCCUUGAGGCCACACAACCAUUUUUUCUACUUUUUUAUGCCAAUGCUUUUGUAAUGAGACCACUCACUCUGACUCCGCCCCCUCACCCUGGCCCCGCCCCCAGGCUCAGCUCUGGGUUCGCGUUUGACUGACACUUCCUCUAACCAGGUCUUGUCCUGGUUAAAGGAAGUCAGUCUGUUGGACAGUUUGAGAACAAAGGAGGAGGAGUUUGUCUCUGCUGGUCAUCAGGAGACGAUGUAUUUGGAUAUGUGUCCUUUAAUGGUGAUGAAUUAAUUUUUUUCCCACGUCUGCCUUUAGAAUUUUAGCCAAAUGUAAUGAUUUAAACGUUUAAAAAUGUAAAAACGAGCUGCAAAACGUCCAAAGAUGAAGUUCAAAGGUCAAAGAUGAAUGCGUUCAAAACCAAAACUUUUUGUAUUUCAAACCAAUAUUUACCAUAUUUCUUCUAACGAGAAUAAUAAUUGUUUUUAAAUAAAUAUAAGGAAGCACAGAGACCAGAGGUCAAAGGUCACUGUGUUGCAUUCUUUUUCUAGAACUUUAUUCUUUCAGUUCGAUUAACAAAUGAUUGGUUUAUUAUCAGUGAAAAUAUCGUUUUUUAUCAGUUUUUAACGUAGAUUUGAACAUAGAUUUGAACGUAGUUUUGAACGUAGAGAAGGAAGCGAGGACCAAUGACAUAAGUGACGCUUUAAUUUUUCUCAUAGCAUUUAUAGGAGUGUCUCAAAAACACAUCAAAGCUUUAAAGAGAACAGGAAGUGAAACAGGAAAUGAAACAGGAAGUGAAACAGGAAGUGAAACAGGAAGUGAACUUCAGUCUUUUUCAUAUCUGUGAUGUUGAAGGUGAUUUUGUCGACACAUGAAACCAAAUAAACUGAGUAGAAACUGUC